AGAAGUUGCGAUCGUGAAUCUUAAUCUCCUUCCGCCAUGUCGCCCGUCACCGCGUCGUUCGUCGUCGUCGUCGUCUCGUCCGUCGUUGGCCUGUCCGGAGGGAAGGAAGCUCCGUGCGUGAGCAAGUCCUCGUGCGGAGAAUGCCUGAGGACCAGUCCCCAAUGUUCCUGGUGUCCCGAUGACGUCCGCGAGCGGCUGCGUCUAACCCCGUACUUUCCACUCUCAGUUGGCGUGUGCCUCGGGAUGGAGGCGCAGUGCGAUAGCAGGCAAUCCUGCGGGGAGUGCCUCGAGAUCGACGAGCAGUGUUCCUGGUGCAGCGACGACGUGAGGGCGAGCUCUUUCAUCGCGUCGGUCGAGGAAUUUCGCCUUCGAGGUGUCCUCGGGUUCGCGGUGAAGUCGUUGGCAGUCGUCGGCAACGGCGUACCAGGAUUACUGGCCCCGCUGCGACACGUACGAGCGACUCCGCGAACACAAAUGCUCCCCGAGCAACACCGUCACGUGGAAAGGAGGGGUGAAAAUCGACAGUGGCUCGACCAGGCAACCGAAUCUACAUCCCUCGAGGGUCGACGUCACCCUCCGACCAGGUACGACUCGGGGAAUCUCCUCAUGGGGAAUCUCCUCCUUCCGGGGAAUCCCUACCUCCAUGCAUUUGACCGGUGCGAUCUUGCAGGCGAGGAACAGAGCGUGAAGCUGACUUACACGGUGAGCCAGAAUUAUCCUCUGGAUCUGUACUACCUGAUGGAUCUGACCAACACGAUGAAGCCGCACUUGGACACCCUCAAGAAAAUCGGGGACGAGUUGGCGAAGACGCUGACGAACCUGACCCGGAAUUACCAGAUCGGGUUCGGGUCGUUCGUGGACAAGCCGGUCUGGCCGUUUGCGGGGUUGAGGGAGGAUUUCAUCCAGAAUCCCUGCCCCGACUGCAUCUCGCUCUACAGCUUCAGGCAUCACCUGAACUUCACGUAUAACAUGGCACAUUUCGUGGGAAACGUGAGCCAGGCGAAACUGUCGGGGAGUCUGGACGCGGCCGAGGGCGGACUCGACGCCCUGUACCAAGCGGCCGUCUGCGAGCGACGGCUGGGCUGGAGGAAUCAGUCUCGGAGGGUCAUCUUGUACACGACCGACUCCAAAACCAUGCCGCACGUCGCCGGAGACGGAAAGUUGGGAGGGGUCACGCAGAGGGUGAACGAGACGUGCCGCCUCGGGCCGUCGGGGUACUACGAGGACGCGUUGGAGUUCGACUACCCGUCGAUCGAGGAGCUGGACCGGGCCCUGACGGAGGCGGGGGUGGCCGUCGUGUUCGCGGUGACGAGGGAGGCCCAGAACAUUUACGGGCCGCUGGGGAAGACGCUGAACGCUCUCAACGAGGUCACGGUGCUGGACCACCCGGACGAUAUCAUCCAUGUCAUUCGGAACGCUUACAAGAAUCUUACGUCCGUGGUGAAGUUUGUGGACAACGCGACCCAAACGCUGGACCUCAGGUACUGGAGUUCCUGUCUCGAACGGGGAGGGGAGCCGAAGGAGACGCGAGAAUGCCCGGGACUCUCCCUCGGAGACAGCGUGAAUUUCGUUCUCAACAUCUCCUUCCGGACCUGCCCGCCGAAGGAGGAGAGGAUCGCGUGGAUCAAGGUGAAUCCACUGGGACUCCGGGAGAAGACGCUGAUCCGCGUGAAGAUGCUGUGCGAGUGCGAGUGCGAGAGGGGGUCCGAGUCGGCCCCGUCGUCGAAGAGGUGCAAGAACCACGGGAAGCUCGUGUGCGGGGCGUGCGAGUGCGACGAGGGAAGGUACGGGAGGAACUGCGACUGCUCGGUGGGUGGAGAAGGGGUGGACCCGGAGAACUGGAAGGAGAAAUGUCGGCCUUUCAACGCUUCCGAAGAGGAUCCGAUGUGCUCGGGUCGGGGGUCCUGCGACUGCGACCGCUGCGUCUGCGACCAGCCGGGCGACGGAAGCGGACAGGUGUUCGGUCCCUUCUGCGAGUGCGACACGCGGCUGUGCCCGAGAUCCCCGGACGGAAAGUCGUGCGGGGGCCCGACGCGCGGGGUGUGCAACUGCACCACCUGCGCCUGCUACGACGGCCACUCGGGGGAUGACUGCUGCGAACGGGAAGAGGAUUGCAUCCCUCCGGGGGGCUCCAGUCUCGGGGCCUGCUCCGGGCACGGCCAGUGCGUCUGCUCCGUCUGCGAGUGCCACGACACCCCGCUCGGACGGUACCAUGGGAAGUACUGCGAGGUAUGCCCCACGUGCCGGCAGCAGUGCGGGCGAUACCGGGACUGCGUGGAGUGUCGGGUCUUCCAAUCCGGACCGAUGGGAAGCGAUUGUCACGCCAACUGUUCCAUGCCCAUCAUCGAGAUCGACCGGAUGUUUCAAGAAGAUGAUUUGCAGGGGGAACGAGACAGAUGCGGGUUCAUGGACGAGACCGGCUGCCGAUACGAGUUCAUCUAUUACUUCGACUCGAACCAGCAGGUGAUGAUCGAGGCUUCGACGGUCAGGCGUGGAUUUCGUCCCGGACAUCUCCUUCCGCCGAAGGAGGAGAGGGUCACGUGGAUCGCAGUGAGUUCUCUGGGGCUCCGUGAGAAGACGUUCAUCCGCGUGGAGACGAUAUGCGAGUGCCAGAAGGGAAUCUGUGUCUGCACGAUCGGUUCCGAUACGUUUCAAUUUGAUCUACGAUUCCUCGUUUCGUCUCCGAGGAAAAAGAACACGUGCCCCGACGCCGAACCUGGUCACUCGGCUGAUGGCAAAAAUCGCUCGGCGACCGACGACGGCGCGAGUGUCGUUCCUUCACGCCACCCCAACGGCGAGGAGCAGAGCGUGAAGCCGACUUACACGAUGGGCAAGAAUCAUCCUCGGGAUCUGUACUAUCUGAUGGAUCUGACCAACACGAUGAAGCCGCACUUGGACACCCUCAAGAAAAUCGACGCAAUCCGGUGUUUUCUUGUGAUCACACGGGACGAGUUGGCGAAGACGCUGACGAACCUGAGCCUGAAUUAUCGGAUCGAGUUCGGGUCGUUCGUGGACAAGCCGGUCUGGCCGUUUGCGGGGUUGAGGGAGGAUUUCAUCCAGAAUCCCUGCCGUGACUGCGUCCCGCUCUACGGCUUCAGGCAUCACCUGAACUUCACGUAUAACAUCCCUGCUGAAAAAAAACCUCGCUACAAAUUCAUGAGGUCUGAUGAGACCUCAUGA